CAUAAAAACGCCCUCCCCGCACCCCCUAGCAAUCUCACACCACAUUCCACAGACCAUAUCACACGUUCUGAAACUACUAUUGUAGAUAGCUCUAGUGCAGCGUGCACACAAGUUACAGCGGCAGCCGGCGAGAAUGGCAGCUAGGUCGAUGGCGGACACGGCACGGCCAUGGCUGCUGCUUCUUGCAGCACUAGCCACGGUGGUAGCACACGUCGACAGUGCGACCGUGGCCGCGCCAGCGCCGGCCGUGGACUGUAGCGACGCCCUGAUCAGCCUGGCGGGGUGCCUGAGCUACGUGCAGGAGGGGAGCACGGUGGCGACGCCCGAGAAGUCGUGUUGCUCGGGCCUCAAGGACGUGGUGAAGAAGGAGGUGGCCUGCCUGUGCCAGGCCUUCCAGGGUGGCCAGGACUACGGCGUCACCCUCAACAUGACCAAGGCCCUGCAGCUGCCCGGCGCCUGCAAGGUCAAGACGCCUCCAUUCAGCAAGUGCCACAUUUCCAUUCCGGGCGUGACCGGAGGGUCUCCAGCACCUGCACCUGCCCCGUCUUCCGGUGCUCCGUUCUUCGGGGACUCGCCGUCACCAUCCACGCCGUCGGCGGAAUCACCAGCCGAAGCCGGAACCGGAAGUGGCGACUCCACCACCGCUCGAGCUCCAUCGCCGUCGGCCUCCGCUUCGACCACCUUCCCCGCUUCAGCAAGUGUCCUCCUAGCCGCAGCGACUGUUGCCGCGGCUCUGCUCAUGUGAGCAGCUGGGCGCGGCGCGCCUGUAAUUCAGCAAACAUGUAACAUGUUUGCUCAUGCGACCAUUUCCGCUAUACUCGCUCGACACAGCUGAGAAAGCAAACCAAGCCUCGUUGCUGGCUUGCUGCAUGUACCGAGAUGUAUCUUAUGUGAGAGUUUCCAUUCCAUUUUUAUACAGAUGUCUCAUAUACACGUCUAAACGAGCGUCUUUCAUAAA